GCACGCUCACAGCGCGCCUCGCGUACCCGCCCACAGGUGAGCGUGCCGGUCCAAAGGUCCGUCCGACCAAACACAGCGCGUACCACGGGGACGGGACAGGGCGGCGACAUGGCCCGCACGAAGAACCGAGAGACCACCUGCUCCGGUGCUGGAAGCACACCCGGAGAAGCGGCGAGCCUGCCGGGGGACGGCGCUGCAGCGGCCGGGCGAGAGGCUCCUUCUGCCGGCUCCAGGACCGGGGCAUACAGUCCCUCCCCGGGCUCCGCGGCCGGGGAAGAGGCUCCGUCUGACGGCUCCGAGGCCGGACCUCGGAAACCCAACAAGAGUUCAAAGGAAGUUUAUUUUGCGGUCCUACCGGACAAAUACCAGCCUCUCCUGGAGGAGGAGGAGGAGGAGGAGAGCGAGGAGCAGAGGUGGAGGAGGAAGGAGGAGAAGAGGAGAAAGAAACGGGAGAAACAUAAGAGGUGCAGAAAGAGCUUGGGGCGGGCCCUGCGGUGGACCUGGCGCUCGCUGGUUGCCGGGUUACAGAGUCUGGCCGCCGUCUACUCCGCCCCCUUCACCGCCCCCACCACCCUGGCAGCCGCCUGCAGCAAGGCAUGAUGGGAAGACAGAGGACACACACACACACACACACACACACACACACACACACACACACACACACACACACACACACACACACACACACACACACACACACAAC